AUGGCUGGGACAUUGAUAACUGAAGGGAGAGACGGAAGAAGGUCUGCCGAGGAGCCGAUCUGGGUCACGGCCUAUAAAACGUCGCCUCGACGUCGUCGUUUGAACGUCGUCGGAUCCGUCGCCCAUCAUUUAUCGAUUGAUCCCAUCGAACACCCUCUUUUGCACUUUUCGAGUGUUGGUUUUGAGCGUGAAGUCAAAAGAAAAGGAGUGCAGAAAAGAAAAAAUGAAAAUAAAGUGAUAAAACCAUCGAAAAAUCGAGAAAAUUUCUUUCGAUUUUGCAAAAUCCGGGCUCAUUUUCAAACUUUGACAAAUGCGACAAUAUUAAGCUUUCGAUACAAGCUUCUGACUAUGUGAAGAAUUUGAAUUUACGUCGAAAGUUAUAUGAAACCACGUAAAACUUUUUAUUUUCAAUAUUUUCCCUUCCAACUUUUUCAAAAAUUUUUAAGAGACCAUGAGACCAGAUUAAACGAUUUGAAUACUCAAUUUUUCUUUUUUGGUUGGCCCUGUUGAACGGAUAAAAAUGAUAGACAACACAUUUCAUUGCCUCUCCUAGGCCAUUUUUCUACCUUUUUUGAAAAUUGUUUGCAUUUCUCUUACAAAAUGUUCGUCAUAAUUUGUUCUAAAGUCCAAGAAAAGCCAUUUCGUUUAAAGAAAAAAAAUAAUAAUCGAUGGAAUAGCAUAACGGAAAAAGAGCGUUGGUUUCAAGGAGCCAUGAGGUCGCAGGUUCGAGUCCUAGCCAGGUUAAAUCUUUUUUUUGCUCUUUUUUUUAGUCUCUUUUAUUCAUAUAAAAUAAGUUUUCUGCUUCUGUGGAUGGAUAAGGAGACUUUUUACUAAAAAGUACAUUACUAAAAAGUAGCUUGAAGGUACCUACAAAAGUUUUAAACCUAAGAAUAAAAAUCAAUAGAAUAGCUUAGUGGCGAGUUUUAGAUUUCUGAAAUCCACAAGGUCGCAGGUUCGAGUCCUCACCAGGUCAGAUUUUUUUUGCUCUUUUUUUAGUCUUUUCUAGUUCCAUAAAAUAAGUUGUCUGCCUUUCUAGCUGAUAAGGGAGGUGUUUUAAUUUAGAAAAAUCCUCAAAAAAAUAGCCUGAAGGAUUUUCAAAAAAAUUUAAAAUUUCCAUUUUUUUAUAAAAAGGUCUAAAAAAAUUUUUCUCACGAUUUUCAGGUAAUGGAUCAUUGAAAUGUCUUUUUUUGAGUGUGUUAAGCGUACAUAAAUAAAUUACCUUUCUAUAGAGUUCAUGAGAAGUUUUUUAACCUGAAAAGUUAUGAUUAAAACUAUUAUUUUUUACUAAAUUCAUCAUUGUUUCUCAUUGUUCUCGCACAUUGCUCAGCUCAGACUCCCAAACUCAUCCUAAUGGACGCCUCCGUCGAUUUUUCCCCUCCAUUGCAACUGCCGUUAUCUGAGAAAAAGCACUUAAAGGAAGGCAGUCGCCGGGAAAUCGCCAUUGUCUAGCGGAUUCCUUUUGAGAAGCCUUCGAGCAGGGGAAAAAGAAGAAGAACAACCAGAAGAAGUAGGCUGAGAUCUUUUUUUUUUGCCUGGCAAAUUGCCUCGUUCCGAUGCCAAUUAUGGAGCAACUGCCGGCUGAACGCUUCCCUUUGCUCCGAUUUAUUUUAUACGGAUUUUCAUAAUGUUUUUCUCAAGUUGGUCGUGGUCUUCUUUCUUUUUAAACCCUGAAAUACUUGCAAAAAAUCCAGGAAAAUUUUUUUUGGGCUCUAGAAAAGCUUUUUACCGAACUCCAAGUUUCAAACCAUCUUUUUUUCUUCUUCUAUUUUAUUUUAUUGAAAUAUCAUCACCAGAAUAUUAUUCACACUCACAUCCUUUCUGUUAAUUAUAAGAAAGAUUAGAACAAAAAAAUUUAAAAAGCAAUUUUUUUCUUCUAUUUUCUUCUACGAAAGUAGUGGUUAAAAAAAUCUUAUUAUAUUCAAAAAUUUCACGGUCGCACUUGGCUCAAACUGUCGAAGUCGCGCUAGCCUUCUUGACUUCAAGAAGCUUUUCAUCACGAUUUUUGAUACUCCCGAGCGCAAGUCGUAUUUGGUCGGAUGCGUUUUUGAUAGUCCGUAAUACAAUGAGCCAUUCCACGUGCGGUCCAUAAAAUAGCUCCAAAAGACUUGAACAAACACAAGAAUGAAUGGCUUAUGGAAAAAUUUUUUUAGCUUACUUUCCUGUUCCUUUGUAUCCGUAUAGCCUUGUAGAAUUCGAGUUUUUUUCAAUUUUUCUUCUUACAACUAUUUCGAAUCAAUUCAUCAUAAUUUCGAAAAAAAUCGUUACACUUUCAAAAAUGUGCAAAACAAACGGUUUUUCAGGCUAGAAAAAAAGAAUUUCUACUGAAAAAAAUUAAGUAAACGUGAAAUUUUUUUCAUAAGCAUGCUUUCCCGUUUCUUAAGUCCUAUAUAAACUUUUAAAUUGUUGUGUUUUCAAUCUUUUUCUCUUUUUCAACUGAGAAUAAAUGAUCCGCUCUCGUUUUUUUUUUCUUUUUUUUUCGAAAAAUUAUUUGCCUCCAGUAUAUUCUCCGAAAAAUUGAAGUCAGUUUCGUACUAUUUCAAAGACAUAUCAUUAAAAUUUUGAUUCAAAUCAAUCAGAUCUUUUUUUCAGCCCAAAAUGAAAUGACACCGAGCCAAAGGAGAUUUGCGCGUCGUUUGGCGCGCAUUCUGUGCGGUCGCCGACUUCCGCAAACUUGGAAUACCGUACUCGUUCUUCUCUCGAUUCACAUGUACCUCACCGUCCCCGUGAUACUUGCUGCCGGUAUCAAUGAAAGUAGGACAGGUGGGAGAAUUGAGAAUCAUUUUAACUUUCUGCAAGAAAAAAAUCAAUCAGUUGAAAUUUUUUUCCUUUUUAAAAAGUCAAAAAGUUUCUUUUGUAAAUUUUGGAGCCAAUAAAAACAUAUUUUUGGCCUCAUUACUCUUACUAAGAAUCGUGAAUGUAUAUUCCUCUUUUUUUCUACAUUGCUCAAUUUUUUCCUAAAGUGCCUUAGUUCGCCAUAUUCUCAGAUCUUCAUGAUUUAGUUAAUUAUAUAUAUUUUUUCUUUUUUUAGCACCUCAUUAAGGUAAAAAAAAUUUUUUUUAAUUUGAAAUUUGGAAAAAAAUAGCAAUGUCAAUUUUAUUUUUUUCCUAAAUAUAACUUCCUGUGAAUUUUCCGUAAGAAAAAUCUAUACGCGUAUAGUUCAGAUUCCAAAACAUGAUUUAAUUUAGUUCGAGUCGAACUAAUUUUCUACAGAAUUUCUUUAGUCUCUGUUUCAAUCAGGAAUUAAAUCCAUAAAAAAACUAUUAUGUGCAGUUUUGUCAAUUUUUUUCUUUAUUAAAAAAAUCAAAAAAAUUACUAGACAGUAAUUUAAAAGACUUUUUUUCAUUAAAAAAAUACGUUUUUUUGUUCUUUUUUUGAGUUGAUAUUGUUCAAAAAGGUCUUUUUCGUGUUCCGCGUACAGUAUCAGGGUUGUAAAUAUUUUCGGGAGAUUUCGAAAAAAAGGAUAAAGUAAUUUUUGAAGUCUCGAAGCGAAAAGCUUCAUUUUUCAGCAUUUCUUUGAGUAAAACAGAUUUUUAUUUUCAUCAAGGAGUUCUAAGCUAAUUUUUUAGAGGUUAAAAAAAAUUGAGGACUGCAAGAGUGGCCACCAGAGGGAUUAGGGAAAGAAACUCGCGUAGUGAACAAAUAGUGCUCCCUAGAGGGAUCAAAUUUAAGUGGUCUUUGUAGAAGUUUGAGGCUUCACCCAUAAGCCCCUGAAGGUUUAGUCGUCUCUUAAGGGUAUUUGAAUCUUUUUUUCUGAUUUCACAGUGAAAAGGCGUAUAGGGAACGCGAGCAUGCUCCUCUAAAGUUACCGGUCACUAAAACCCCUUGAGUGGCCGCUUUUGGAUGAUUUAGAGCCCUAUAGGAGGAGGUGAAGUGGUCCCUAGAGCGAACGGGACUAACCCCUCUAGGGGCCACUCUAGCGUUUCUAAGCUUUAUCCUCAUUUCAGGCCUACUCCGGCCGUACCGAGAACUUCAACAGCGCGGAAUUCUCCUCGGCGAAAUCGACGACGAUCUUUUGGACCUUUUCUACGAACGCUGUACUGUCUAG